AUGCACCACGCGCGUAACAACUCAGUGGACAACUCGCUGGUCACUUCAGGCGGCGGCGGCUACCAAGCGUUUGCCAUCAACUCGGGCAGUCAGACGAACAUUGUUACCUCGGGUGGAUCAGGCAGUACUGCUUCAAGUGCUUCGGGGGUGUUGGCCAAGCCCGCAAUACCUGCCAAGCCGUCGGGCAUUGUCUCCGUUUUUGUGCCCGGAUCGGCGAGCAAUCUGUCGAUGAGCAGUGCCACCAACAGCAACAAGAGCACGGGGAACAUCUACAGCAAAGUGACGCUGAACAGUAGCAACAGUGGUGGUGGCAACCUAGCACCUUUCAAUAAUCGGGAAGGUCCUCCUCAAACGACGAAUCAGCCCAGUCAGGUAAAGCCAGCGCCCUAUCAGGGAAGCAGCUUUUUGCCAGCAGGCGCCUCCACUCCCAUCGGUCCCAGUGUUUCAAGCUGUGUGCAAAAGCCAACCAGUAGUAGCAGCAGUGCACUCCUCCCAGUGCCGCCGCCGAGAAAGAAACCACACGGUGACCAGUCGCCCUUGCCCAGGUACCGGCGAGCCAUUGCACUGUACGACUGCGACGCCGAUCAAACCGAUGAGCUGUCCUUCAAAGCCGGCGAGGUGAUCCUCGUGCUGAACGAACGGACAGCCGAUGAGGACUGGAUGUCGGGCAUCAUGGAGAGUGACCCCUCCAGGGAGGGCCUCUUUCCCGCCAUCUUUGUCGAGUUCAUCUAG